CUGCCAACCUCCAAUAAAACUCAAAAGCCGAAAAGAACCACACUUGAAGAUGGCGCUGCGUCCUGCUUGCGCUGCUGCCUUGCGAGCCAGGACAGAUUUAGGGGUCAAUAAUGCGAGGACAUUCGUCACAACAGCAUUCCUGUGCAAACGGACCCCGCCUUUGGGUCCAAUGCCAAAUGAGGAGUAUCAAAAUGUAGACCUGGAGUCAUUAGAGAAGUAUCGCAGCUACAAUCGCUACUUUAGACAAGCCCAGGAGGCGAGGUACAAACCUGCCUGGUGGAAGACCUACAAGGCCCACGUGGAUAAAGCUGAUCCUGAGCAUGGUGAAGAGAAAGUGAACAUUGGCCUUUCAUCCUAUCGAACCAGCAGGAUCAAAGAGGUGAGGGAGAGGAAGCAGGUGGUAAAAGCCAACAAGAACAACCCUGAGCUGGAGAGGGCUUUUCGUCUGCGCACUUUUAAGAUCCCUCUGGAUCGAGUGCAUGAAGUCUGGCAGAAGACCUGUGCUCCGGCUCAUAUAAGGAGACUGGCAGACCAUUACGGAGUCUUCAGAGAUCUCUUCCCCAAAGCAUAUUUUCUACCUCAAGUUCCACUCCAGAUCUUCUAUAGCCAGGACAGAAGUGGUCAAGUGCAUUAUGGGAAUAGGCUGACACCAACAGAAGCAGCAUCUGUCCCUCAGAUCAGCUUUGAUGCAGAAGAAGGCUCCCUGUGGACUCUUUUGCUCACCAGUCCAGAUGAGCAUCUUCUGGAUAAUGAGGCAGAAUACGUCCACUGGCUGGUAGGGAACAUACCAGGUGGAUCCGUGCAGGCUGGAGAGGAGCUGUGUCACUACCUGCCCCCCUUCCCUGCCAGAGGAACUGGCUUUCACCGUUAUAUUUAUGUCCUCUUCAAGCAGGAGGGACCCAUCAACUUCCAGGAGGAUGUCAGGCCGUCCCCAUGUCAUUCUCUGGUGGAUCGAUCAUUUAAGACGGUUGAUUUCUACAGAAAGCACCAGGACAACAUGACACCUGCAGGCUUGGCCUUCUUCCAGAGCCAAUGGGAUGAAUCCGUCACCAACACCUUUCACAGCACACUCAAUAUGAAGGAGCCAGUGUUUGAGUUUAUCCGGCCUCCAGUGUACCACCCUCCACAGGUUAAAUUCCCUCAUAGACAGCCCCUACGAUACCUGGACAGAUACAGAGAUGGGAAGGAGCACACAUAUGGAAUAUAUUGAUUAUGAGACACACUCACAGAAGUGAGAAAACUCAUAUUUCCAUUGCACAUUAUAAAUGUGGCAUAUUUAUGUUAGAAAAAUAAAGCCUUUUUUUCAUCCGUGCCGAGAUUGCAUUCUGUUUAUAUCUUCCAAUCAGAUUAUAUUUUUGAUUCUAUAUGUCAGUCAGUGGGAUAUUUCAAAUAUAGUUUUUGAUACAAUUUGAUAGAGAGUUUGGGUGAAAGAACAGGUGGUUGAUUGAAGCAUGGAUGUGUUCCAAUUCCCACACUACUUAGUUUCCCAGAAACUAUUUAGCUUGUCCCAAUAGAGACAGAG